AUGGUCGGUUACACCCAAGGCCAAGUUGGCCUCUCAGGCACAUCGAGAUAUGUCGAAACCAUAUUUAGCAACUCAUAUGAUCAUACUCAGGAUGGCCGUGUUUUUGAGAGGGCCUUGAAGUGGCUGGGUCCCCGGGCAAUACCCAAUAUCACCCCUUCGGUCUAUAUACCUGCACCUAUGCCCUUACCAGCAGUUGAAGAUAUCGCAGACCCUACUCCCGAAGAAGCUGGAGACUCCUUAAAUCCUCUUGAGUCAAUAGACGAAUCGCUGUGUGAUGGGUAUACCAAAGCUACUCCCGUCAAACAACCCAGAUCAAGACAAGAAAAAAAGGCUUUUCGAAAGGAAGCGAAGAAGAUAUCGAGAAAAGAGAGACUUGCCAAAGAAGCAGAACUUCGAAAUUUGGCCGCCAAGCCGCAGAAGCUAGACAAGAAAAGGAAGAAGAGCAGGCGGACUGCAGAAUCAAAAGCAAAAGCAGAAGCAAAAGCGCAAGUCUACGCAGCACCUCUGCCUCGCGACAUGGACAUGAAGCCAUUCCCAGGAAGGGUGUUCCAGUUACCGAGAUAUGAAAGCAAGCAUUUUUCUUCUCAACUUUGCGAAUGCAAAGAUCCCGACAUACUCACGCUGUGGACUGAUGGCUCAAUGUCUGGUGAUGGCGAACUCGCUGGGGCUGCGGUUGCAUAUAGAGAUAUGGCUGCUGAGGAUAAAUCACGCGGGCGACACUGGAAGGAUGUUGCUUGGAAAAUUGACGGGUACAGCGGGCAUAUUGGCUGUAUUGAACUCUCUGCCAUUGCCGGAGCUCUCGAUAUCGCUAUCACCAAAGUCUCGCAGGAAACGGUAAGCCCUAUACACUCAGUCUUUAUAUGCUCGGAUUCUUUGGAAGCAAUCGGGAGAUGUCAGAAUAUCAGCCGUAUCCAACUGCCUCCUCUAGAUUCGCUAGUUCACCAACGAGCACAGGAGUUGGUUGCUUUGGGAGUCAGCCUGUCUAUCGUCUGGAGCCCGGGUCAUAGUGGUAUCCAGGGCAAUAUUCGCGCUCAUAUUGCCGCUGGAGCUGUAACAAAGUCGGGUCGAUCAGAUGAGAAACCUGAGAGGGUCCCAUAUCCUCCCACUGUUAGCAAUAUUAGAAGCUUCACCAUCUGUCGCAUGCCGUAG